UGUUAGGUGUACCAAAUACCGAUUGAAGAGUGCUUCCAGCGUACAGAAUGUACCAGUUGUACCAAUGACCUCAACCCGCUGUGUGGGUGGUGUGUGGUGGAGAACAAGUGCUCUCGUCAGACGCAGUGUCAGAACUCCAGUAUUUCUAGUAGAUGGACACAGGACAAUGCCAACUGUUUUACUGCUGCUACUGUGGAGCCUAUACAACUUGUGCUUGACCCUGAGAUUCUUGCCACUGAGCUCACAGUGACCCUGACCUCUCCCGGCCUGCCUAACCUCCUUCCUGGAGAGAGCUUCUACUGUCAUCUGGCGGACAGUGAAGGACGUUUCCCACCCAUCAUAGUACCAGCUGUUGAGGUCACCCCAGGAACAGUGUUCAGUUGUGAUAUUGAAGGACUGGUACCUGACUACCCUGGAAUGACUGCAACCAUCAACCUGGGCUUUCAGAGCUCUCUGUUCAAUGAGACACUUGAUAUCACCAACCAAGCACUCAUCAUCUACAGAUGCUCAGCAGGAGAAAGCUGUAAGAAUUGUCUUGGGAUAAAUAAUCCGUGUGGAUGGUGUAACCUCAAUAAGCAGUGCAGUGGAACAUCAGCUCCUUGCAGGAAUGCAUCUCACUUCCUACAGGUGUCUGCAGGCAACGACUUCACUGCUGAGUGCCCCCUGUUGGACACGUCCCCCUCUGGUGAGUACACUCAACCAGUAAGGGUGGCCCAGGACCUUCGACUGACCACCAGGAACCUCAUCUCCCCUACAGAUGGCUUUGAGUACUAUUGUGUUGUGAAUGGAGUUAGUCUGACAGCUCGGUAUGAGAACGAGAGCUCCAUCCUGUGUACAGUGAGCAGUGGACAAUUCGGCACACUUUUCCCUGGUGUUGGAAGUUUACCUGUGGUUGUUAUGGUGACCUGGACGGGGGAUAACAUCAACCACACACUGAGCAACACCAUGCAAUCAUUGUCAGUGACGCUGUAUGAUUGUCGUGACUUGGCCAGUGGAUAUACUGAAUGUAUUGCAGUCAGAAUGUUUUCAGAGUUCGCAUGUGGGUGGUGUGGGGUUAGUUGUGAGGUGAGGCAAGAGUGCUCCAAUACUUUCAUUACUGAGGGGAACAAUCCUCCUGCCCCUGUCAUCAACUCAUUCACUCCAAUAUUAGGACCAGUUGAGGGUGGUACAGCAAUCACUGUGAUGGGCACCGACUUUGGAGGAACUUUUGUCAGCCUUCAGAACUCCAACCUUACAUUAGGAGGCGUGGCCUGCACUCCCCUCAUUAUUGGUUACAUACCAUGGCAGCAGUUUGUCUGUGAGACCACCAAUUUUGUGACAGAAGGGUCAAAAGAAUUCUCUCUGACCAUCGACUCUAGAGUAGCCAUUGUAAACGGUGGCUCCUUCACUGCGGUGGAUCCUACUGUCAGCAGUGUGACUCCGACCUUUGGACCCAUGGCCGGGGGAACUGCAGUGGUUGUGAGGGGGACUGGAUUGGAUGUGGGUAAUCAGGUGGAUACUAGAGUCUCUCUAGAGGUCAGCGGGUCAAACUACGUCUGCAACAUAUCGUGA